CCCCAAACGUGUGGAAAAAAAAAACAAUUGGCAUUAAAAUAUUAACGAGAUAGGCGCUAUAUUGCAGAAAUAUUUUAAAGUAACUCAAAAUAUGGGCUACGACAACUACAAUGGCACCGAGGUGGCCGAAUCCGGCGGAGUCCAGGCGGCGGCCAUCUAUGCCGGCGGCAAUGGCAAUAUGGUCGCCGAUGAACAAUUUGCCGCCGCCGCGGCCGAGCUGCAGCCGUCGCUGAAUCGCGUCCUCAGCUCAAUUGAUUAUGAUUUGUGCUUUAAGCAUCCGCUGGAGCACACCUGGACGCUCUGGCAUUGGGAGAACGAUCGCAGCAAAUCCUGGUCCGAUAUGCUCAGCGAUGUGACCAGCUUCAACACGGUCGAGGAUUUCUUCAGUGUCUACUACUUUAUUAAGCCACCGUCUGAUCUUAAGGUAUUCAACGAUUACAUGGUUUUCAAGCAUGGCAUACGUCCAAUGUGGGAGGACGAUGUCAACAAGGACGGCGGCCGUUGGGUCAUGUUUUUGGACAAGGACUCCAAGGAGCUGGUAGACAAGCUCUGGCACGAUUUGCUGCUGUGCACAAUUGGCGAGUGCUUCGAGUAUUCGGAUCAAAUCUGUGGCGUGGUCAUCAAUGUGCGCAACAAGGCCAGCAAAAUAUCACUGUGGACCAAGGACUCGCACAAUCAGCCGGCAAUUUUGGCAAUUGGACGCAAGAUGAAGCAGCUGCUGCAGCUGCGCGAGGUGGAGCUGCAGUACCAGGUGCACAAGGAUGCCAUGGUGCAGGCCGGGCCCAAUGUGAACGCCAUUUACAAAUUGUAAAUUGACAAAAAAAAAAAAGAAGAACCAUAAAAUUAAUAAUCGAAAAAGAAGAAAAACAAGUGCAGAUCACAAACUGGUAGCGGCAACUGGUAGCGGCAACUGGUAGCGUCUACUUAGUUUAAGCACAUCGUAAAUGCUUAGUUCUUGACUUGAGCUGAAGCAUAGUACGAUCGUCCCCCGUCUCUCCCUCUCCUCUCAGUGCAUUAUACUUAGAUACUUUAUACACCACGAUACAUUUAUACACACAAUAUGGUGCUCCACUCUGUACUCACCAAUAAAGAAUAAAGCAUUGCAUGAA